GGCGGGGGAAGAGGGAAGAUGGCCGAGUACCUGGCCUCCAUCUUCGGCACCGAGAAAGACAAGGUUAACUGCUCUUUUUACUUUAAGAUCGGGGCUUGUCGUCACGGAGACAGGUGUUCCCGCCUCCACAACAGACCCACCUUCAGCCAGACCAUCGUGCUGCUGAAUCUGUAUCGGAACCCCCAGAACACGGCCCAGUCGGCAGACGGCUCGCACUGUCAUGUCAGCGAUGUGGAAGUGCAGGAGCAUUAUGACAAUUUCUUUGAGGAGGUCUUCACAGAGUUGGAGGAGAAGUAUGGGGAGAUCGAGGAGAUGAACGUUUGUGACAACCUUGGGGACCACCUGGUCGGCAACGUCUAUGUCAAGUUCCGGCGGGAGGAGGAUGCCGAGCGGGCCGUGGGGGAGCUGAACAAUCGCUGGUUCAAUGGCCAGGCCGUGCGGGCCGAGCUGUCCCCAGUCACCGACUUCCGCGAGUCCUGCUGCCGCCAGUACGAGAUGGGGGAGUGCACGCGCGGAGGGUUCUGCAACUUCAUGCACCUGCGGCCCAUAUCCCGGGAGCUGCGCCGGCAGCUGUAUGGGCGGAGCCGGCGCCGGCGGUACAUCCGACCUUCCCGCUGGACCUGGCGCUUCCUUUGGCUAAGCAGGACGCUGCCCAUCUCCAUACCCGGUUAUUGACCCAGCUGUAGAGCUGCACAACCAGUGAAUCAGCAUCUGAAUUUUGACCUUUUUAACGAUGUUAGAAAACCGGCCAGCUGCAUUGCCUUGUUUCUGUGUCCACACUUUUUACGCUGGGCUCGUGUUAUGCUGCCAAGUUACUCCUGGGGGAAUUCUGCCCUACUGCGUGUGCUCAUAAUUAACGAGUCCUGCAGAUUUUUAAUUUUUUGAGCAGAAAAAAGCUUCUGCUGAAUUGUUGCUGCAGUUCUGACUUUUGCCCACCAGAAGGCACUGUGGCGCUAGGGCAAAGCUGCAGCUCCCGACCAGCGAAGGAAGAAUCAGCACCUGCCUUCUUCAGGGCAGAAGCCAGGGGCUAUGGGCAGACACAGCGUGGGGUGCUGGGGGGGGGGUCAGGCAGGCUCACAAGGGCGAGUGGGGCAGGAGCUCAGUGGGAGUGGAGGCACAGGCCCCGGAGGAGGAAGGUGCAGAGCUACACGGGGACGGGAGGGGCUGGGCAGCGCCGGCUUUAGGACGUGCGGGGCUCGAUUCGAAAGAGCUGCCGCCAAAAUGCCGCUGAAGCCAGCAGCAGCAAUUGAGCUGCUGCCGAAGAUAGCGGCAGCAAUUUGAUGGCAGCUCAAUCGGUUGGAGGGUCCUUCCUUACCUUGCAGGGCCCCUCUUCCAGACGCUGUGGGGCCCUUGUAGGCGCGGGGCCCCAUUCACAGGAAUCGGGCGAAUCGACCUAAAGCCGGCCCUGCGCUUGGGUGGGGAGACAGAGACACAGGGAUGGGGGAGGGGGUACAAAGCCACAUAGGGACAGUGGGACGGGGUGCAGAGCCACUUGGGAUGGGGGUAGUGGGUGUCUGAGUGGGGGUGGAGGGACACACGGGGACAGGGGCAGAUGUGCCUGACUGGGAGAGGCUAGGGGUCAGCCAGGGUCUGUCUGGGGGAAGCUCCCUAACAGUCCCUCCCUCCACCCACCAAAAAAACCCCUCCCAAGUUCACAUGCAGCAAUUUACUUUCCUCUCCCUCAGCUCCUCUGUCACCCCGACUCCCCCAAGCCUUUGCCCUGUGUCAGAGGGAGGUGAGAAAUACGAGUCUGUGUUUAUUACUCAGAGUUCUAUAUUAAUAUGCCUAGUAAGGAAUCUAUUUCUCAAAAACCAUUACGGACAACAAAAAAGAUGCAAGUAUGGUUACACACGUAUUUGCUGACAGGUAUUUUGAAAUAAAUGACCAAAAAUAAUCAAAA